UUUUGCCACUUGGCUUUUGCAGCACGCGUGACACGUCAGGCAUGCUCACCACACGCAUGUCGGUCAAUGUGCCUUCACGCAUCAGUGGGCCGGCUAUUCUCAAGGGUCUAGUCAUCUUCCAGAUGACAGGCAUGUUUUCUGCAUACUUCAUUGCACUUGCGGUGGGUCAUGUGGCGCCGCCGCCGCACGUGCCGAUGAUUUCUGAUCUGCUGGUGUCUGUGCCCGAGGCAGCGGUGGGCGUGGGCGUGUUUGUCAUGGUGGGGACGAUGAUGAUGUGCGCGGCGGUGUGCUUCCACGAUUACAUCCAGCUCCAGCUGGAUCUUGCAGGCAUCCGACGGACUCUGUGAUGCAUGUCAAGAACAAGGCCGCGACGGCGUUGUCGGUGGUGGCGUGUGUGUUUCUCGUCACGUUGACGGUGUGCAACGAGAAGGCGUGCUCGCACGUUCACGACACGUCGGCUGUCAUCUUCUUUGUCCUGUAUCUGGUGUACAUGGCGUUUGUGUGCGCAUUCCUGUCGGCGGCGGUUGACCAGCACGCCCGGAGCGUCAAUCUCAUCACCCGGGCCUCACUUCGGCUCAAGCAGGGCAUCGCCGCUGCCAACUUUACCUCGCUCGCCCUACUCGGCAUCUUCUCCUCGCUCGGCUGGUCCGCGCACGCUAACAAGAUUGCUCUCUGCGAGUGGGCGGCCGUCCUCCUCAUCCUCGCCUUCAACUUUUCGUUCUUCCAUGAGUUCUCGGGCACCUCUGUGGCGGUCAUCCAGGAUCUCCCCUCGGUCCCUGAUCCGUCAGCCGACCACCCGCGCGGCGCGUAUGCCCCGCUCGCAGCCUACGCCGAGUCGGACGAGUUCUAACUGUGCCCUGUGCUCCCAUGCUCUUCCACCUCAACACACAUCUUUUAACACACAUCCAUCCUUUCC